AUGAAAGGUCAGAAGUUCAACCCUUAAGUAUCGAGAAAUAUGAGCACAAGUCAGGCGCAGAAUUUGAACAGUCCGAAGGUCGCAGUAGAAAAGAAGAGUUUAUUUAAAAGGAACACACUUGAUACCAAAUAAAUUAUUGCAGACAAGCUUAAGCCUGUAAAAUAAAGUUUGGCGGAGUAAUAGAGGUUUCAAAAUUCUCCCUAUCAAAAGCCAAUGGACUUGAAUAAAAAUGCUUGGGACAGAUUAAUUGAUCGCACCUUUGAUACUAAAACAGCGCAGUAUAUUAAAGACCAAAAAGAGAAAGAGGUUCAGAAAAUCAGUGACCAAUAUAGCUAAUCUUCUUCUCUCUUUAAGAAGGACAAGAACUUUGCUUAAAAAUAGACUUAGGCAAAAACUGCAAAUCACUCGCCUGUAAAUAAUAACAGUUCUUCAAUCAAAGAAGUUAUGAGCCAGCCAUAAUCUCCUGAAUCAAGGAGAACUGGGUUAUUUAGUAAAUUCAAGCAGACUAGGAAUCAAUGCUAGACAGCUAUGAACAGUAAACGCAAUUCGUUUAUCAUGAAUACCAUAAAUGAAAAUGGAGCUGGUGAAGUGCAGAAAAAAUCAUUUAUAAGUAACUACAAACCUCCUUAAAAGCCGACUGCUGCAAAUUCAUGGAAGAAAUUCAUAGAUAAGACAUCAGAUUGCAAGGUAGUCAAAAAUGAUACAAACUAUUGUGAACGUAGAACGGUCGAAUCAUUCUUGUCUGGUAGAACAAUUAACCCUUCUUAGUAUGCAAGUUAAGCAAACAUGCUAUUGAUUAGUGAUUCUGUUAAAAGAGAACAAAAUAUGUAAAUGAAUGAAAGUGAAUUAGGGAAAAAUAUUACUGGAUGCAGGAAAAAAUAAAAUGAAAAAGUUAAUUUACACUAAUUCAAGGUUGUUUAUAGCAAAGAUGAGUUGAAAAAAGAUAUUGAGCAGAGAAGAGAUAAACUAAAUUACACAAAUAUUGGUCACUUCACUGAUGGUCUCAAAUUAAAUGAAUCAUCUUCUACUUAUAUUGGCAGUAGCAAGGUUGGCUGCUAUCUUCAGGACAAAACAAAUCAUUAGCAUGAAGAGAAGUAAAUUAAUCUUGUAAUUAAUUAAUUUUUAUUUAGUCCAAUCAGGAAUAAGAAAAAUCAGAUGGACUAUAUGUCAAGCAUUUCAUGCCUAUCUCCAGAGAAAGCAAGGAGAGACCCCUCUUUUGAUAACAACAAAUCUACUGGCAAAGCUAAGGUUCAACUUGCUUUGAAAAAUACUAUAAAUCAGGCUGUGAAUGAAAACUUCUUGCCCAAAUCAUUUAACACAUAGACCUCAAGAAAAGGAGGAAUGAAUAACAAUAGCUAGAAUCAAUCAGGGAUCUUUAAUACAAUUAACGCAGGGGCUGAAAGAAAUCUUUCCCCCAUAGGCAGAAUAAUCCCAUAAGGAUUCAGAGACAUGUUCCAAUCCCAAAUUACUAAAUUAAGUUGA